GCAACAUACCGGCUACUGCACACACUCACACACACACGCACGCACGCACGCACGCACACGGCAGCAGAUACAGAAAGCGAGUCGUGCGCGCGCCAGCGCGUCAUCGUCGCCUACAGAAAGGGUCACUUGCCAGGUUUACUGGUUCCGCUACACAACUCUAUUAACUUCCAGCGAACCAGCUUCCUUGGCCACGCUCGUUAUUUGGGGCUAGGAUCUGAACACCGAGGACACACGCACACAUAUAUUCACACUGACAAUUAAGGACACAUUCAUAAUAUAUAUGCACUCACAAAAGCAAUUAAGGACACAUUUAUACACACACUUAGACUGGCAUUUAAGGACACGCAUUCAUAUAUAUAUACAUUCACAUACACCACACCGACAAUUAAGGUCACAUAUACGUACACUCUCACAGUUACUGACAAUUAAGGGCAUAUUCACAUAUAUAUACACACACACGCACCACACUGGCAAUUAAGACCAAAGUUGCUGCAGAAACAAAUUUUGACAUAUUUAUUUUCUAUUUAAAUGGAGACGUAAGGGUGUCAAAUAUUUUAGUCCUAAUUUGUGGACUUUCACAAUAUUGGCACCAGCAUUUACCAUUAAAAUAUAGAAAAUUAUACAAUUAUAUAUAUAUAUAUAAUUAUAUAUAUAUAUAAUUAUAUCAAUUAUACUAAUAUAUAUAUUUAUUUAAAGUUGAUAAUUUAAAAUAAUUUGUCGAUAUUUCUUGGUUUAUUCUUUAACUUGUUCAUUCCUUGCAAUUUAACAUUUUCAUAUUGAAGACUUUUAAAGGAUCUAAAAAUCUAACAAAAUGACUUCUUUCAUCACAAAAGCAACGGAAUAUUAUGAUGACCUUUUAAAAAUUGGAGAUCCAAGAGUUGCUGACUGGUUCAUGAUGGCAACCCCUUGGCCUGCAUUCUUCUUGUGUGUCUUCUAUGUUUCUUCUGUCAAGAUUGGAAUUGGUAUAAUGGCCAAACGGAAACCGUUUGAAAUAAGGAAAAUUUUAGUAGUCUACAAUAUAUUUAUGAUGUUUCUCUCUGGCUAUGUAUUUGUCGAAUUUCUUCUUUCUGGUUGGCUAACAGGAACUUAUAGUCUUGGCUGUCAGCCUGUCGAUUACUCCUACACUCCACUGGCAAUACGUAUGGCUAAAGUAUCUUGGCUGUUCUUCUUCUCAAAGUUUAUCGAGUUCUUUGAUACAUUAUUUUUCAUCCUGAGGAAGAAAUUUGGUCAUAUAUCAUUCCUGCAUGUUUUCCAUCAUGGUGCCUUACCGUUUAUGUGGUGGUUUGGUGUCAAGUUUGUACCGGGUGGAUUUGGUACAUUCCAUGCUAUGAUUAACUCUUUUAUACAUCUAAUCAUGUAUACCUAUUAUGGUUUAGCUGCCAUGGGACCAAAAUUUCAAAAAUAUUUGUGGUGGAAGAAAUAUUUGACGACUCUUCAACUUAUCCAAUUCAUAGCCAUGCUUGUCCACAGCAUUCAACUUCUAUUUAUAGAGUGUAAUUAUCCAGUGAUAUUUGCCAAAGCUAUCACAGCCAAUGCUCUAAUGAUGCUUGUGUUGUUUGGUGAUUUCUACUGGAAGGAAUAUUUCAAGAAAAAACCAACUGUGGACGUUAGUAGAAUCAGUAAUGGUAGCGUUAAGUGCAAUAUGCAGCACAAUGGCAGUUUACCAAACAAAAAUGGAACUGCAAAAAGUAAUGGUAUAAAAUCUGACUGAGACUUAUCAAGGUUUCUCUUUUUUUCCUUCCCUUCCUUCAAUACUGCCCCUCAAAACCCGCCAUUCUUUCAUUAGCUUUGUAUUUAAAGACGACUACAAAAUGUUUUUGGAAAAAAAAUAAAAAUGAAAAAUAUAUAUUAUGCAAAAAGAUUAUUAAAAGAAACAUUUAAAAAUGUAUAAGGAAAUUUUUAAUAUAUUUAAGAAAAUACAAAAAAAAAUCAUACCUAAUUGUCAAAUAAAUGUGGAAAGUUUUUUUAAGCAUUUGUAAAAGAUUGCCAUUUUCAUUGAAUUUGGGGGAAUCUGGAUGAAUAAAGCUGCUAGUCAGGCAUAGUUAUCUCCCUUAA